AUGCUCUCAUGUCGAUUUGUGAGAAGGACGUAUGAGUGGCACCGGUUAGCUUAUCCAAUAGCAAGGAAUAUUUGGCAUGCAAAACAAAGUAGAGAGGCUUCGUCGCUUACGGCGUCUUUCAAAAAGACUGGAAAGGCGGCUUUAGGAACGAGUGCUGUUACUCACAUAACCACUCUAUCUAAUGGAAUACGUGUUGCAACGGAGAAUACGCUUGGCCACUUUUCAGCAGUAGGCGUGUUUGUCGACGCUGGUUCGCGAUACGAGACUCCCCGUACUCUGGGUGUCAGUCAUAUACUAGAUCGAAUGGCUUUCAAGAGCACAAAGAACAGAACGUCAGCCCAAUUGCAAAAUGAAUUAGAAGCAUUAUGCGGUAACGUAAUGAGUACAACUGGUCCCGAGUCAAUGAUCUAUCAAGCAGCCAUAUUUCCGAAACGUCUCCCAAAGAUUAUGGAAUUCUUUGCAGACGUGAUAAUCAAUCCGCUCAUACUUCCGGAGGAACUUGAAGAACAACAGCAGACGGCGCUCUACGAGAUAAACGAAAUAUGGCAAAAACCCGAUAUGAUACUGCCUGAACUAACGCAUACAGUAGCAUACAAUAACAAUACUUUGGGAUUUCUGAUGAUAUGUUCGGAAGAGAGACUAAGUGCGAUGAAACCGACGAUUAUUCGGGAAUAUCUUGAAAGAUGGUAUCGACCGGAGAGAAUAGUGAUAGCAGGAGCAGGCAUUGAACACGAAGAAACGGUAAAAUUGGCAGAGAAAUAUUUUGGAGCAAUGCAUAAAUCAGUCGGUCCUACUCAUCGCACUGUAGGGGAUUCUCUUCUUGAGACCAUUGCUGGCGUAAAACCGGCUGGAAAGCCUUCCUUAUACAAGACUAUUACUACAGCUGCAACGUCCAUAUUACAAAGCGACAGUUCAUCGUCUUCUCUAUCACCUGCUCAUGAGAAGGCUCAUUACACGGGGGGGACUCUUUUGCUCGACGAACCUACGCUUCCAUUUACUCAUAUGUAUGUUGCAUUUGAAGGUCUGUCUGUCCAUGAUCCUGAUAUAUAUAUUCUUGCAGCAUUACAAACGCUUCUUGGCGGAGGAGGAUCGUUCUCGGCAGGUGGACCAGGAAAGGGAUUACAUACUCGUCUAUUUAAAAGAGUAUUAUCUCAGUAUCAGUGGGUUGAGUCUUGCUUGUGUUUUAAUCAUUGUUAUACCGAUUCUGGGCUAUUUGGUAUCAUGAUGUCGUAUCGUCCCGAGUAUAAUUAUCUUGCUCCAACGGUUAUUGCAGAGCAAUUUAAUGCAGUUGCUAGUUUAGGGAAUGGAUGUGUGACUGAGGAUGACUUGAUGAGGGCAAAGAAUCAGUUGAAGAGUAAUUUGUUGAUGAGUUUCGAGUCUAGAAUGGUACAACUUGAAGAUAUCGGACGGCAGGUUCAAGUGAAUGGGUAUAGGAUUCCAGUAGAAGAAAUGUGUGAAAAGAUAGACCAAAUCAAUCUGGAAGAUUUAGUACGAGUGGCACAAAGAGUAUUCAGAGGGAAUGUUUAUAAUGAGGGAAAUGGUACUGGUGCCAUCACUAUUGUGGCGCAGGGUAUGUUAACUGGUCUACCUAAUGUUGAGAAACUAUUUGAGGCCUCUGGGCUUGGCAGAAGUAGAUCACGGUUUAUUUGA